UUCUUCCUUUGACACUGAAAUGAUGCAUGUCUGUUACCCAACCAGGAGGGAGAUCCAAAGGCUCCAUGGUGAACGCGAGGAACUUCUCCGUAGCCUGCGUAUCUCAGAGAGUCCAUUUCGAUGCUCGGAUGACGCAGACGCCACGCAAAAUCUGAGCAGCAUGCUGGUGUACCGCGACAGGGUGGUGGAGCAGCUCGACUCUGAACAAGGGAAAAUGGCUUAUCUGAGACAGGAGAUUUUGACUUGGGAGAGUAAGCUGGCUGGCCAGAGGAGAGGGAGCACCACAUGCCACAGUCAGAAGUCGGAGGCAAACCAGACACAGAAGAACAGCCUCAUCCUGGAGAACAAACUGGACAGGGGUCGUGUUCGCUUCAACAAGCUUUUGGCCAAGAACGGGCAGCUGAGAGAGGAGCUGAAGAUCUUGCACGUGGAGAGGAAGCAGUUCCUCCACCUCUACUGCAGGAUGGAGAGGGAGCUGCAGGAGAUUCGCAAGGACAUCCGAGACAUGAUGGCUCAGUCCACUGCUGCUUUUGAGGCCAGAGUGGAGGCUCGGUGCAAACGGAUGCUGCUGAAGGAGAAAAAGGUGAAGGACCUGACCCAGUAUGGCACGGAGGUGAGCGAGCUGCAGCGGGUCAUCUCCCACGACCACCGCCUAAAGACCUUCAUGAGCAUCAAGGGCAACGAGUGCAGCAGCCAGGAGGAGGGCCAGGACCUGAGCCGGAGACAGGUUGAGGAGAGGCAGCGCAGGAGACUGGGACUGGACACUCAGGGAGGGACUUUUGGGACUCUCGAUUCCUUGCAGGAGACCUUCCACAAGAUCCACUGUGUCACAGGGGAGGAGGACCUGCACAAGCUGGUGGGGACCUUCAUUCAGAUUGAAGACAAGAACUUUGCUUUGCUAAACUUUGUUAACGAACAGAACAACAAAGCCGAGACCCUGAAGGACGAAAUCAACCAGAUCCGCUGUGAGAUGGAGGUGGUUUCCAGAGAGGAGCGCAGACAGCAUGAGGAGCGCAGGGUCGUGCUUCGGGGGGUCAGUGUGCAGCAGCAGACCACAGAGCAGCAGAUGGGGGGCUACCAGCAACGCAUCACCUCAGUGGGCAAGAUCCUCAACCAGCUGAAGACAGGAAUAGACCGUGUGUGCCACAACAUAGACUGUGACCGGUCAGUGAUUGAAGACAAGUUAGGCUCCUCGACCGGGAUCCGGGACAGCACCAUUAUGACUUACCUGGGUUUGGUGGAGCGCAGGACCAACGAGCUGCUGACUUUGCAGUCUUUCCUCAGCUCCAAGGACCUUGAUAAAGAUUACAAUCCUAGAAUGGUUGCCAGGCACCUCCUAGGACAAAGUCCACCACUGCCUAGGAAAAACAAAACGGUUGAGCCUCCCACUUCUGGGGAUGACAAUGACCCAGAGGAGUCCCUGCUAACAGACCAGGUGAAGCCCCUCUCCAAGGACGAGCUGCUCCCGCUGGUAAUGACGAGGAUGCAGAGGAAGGCAAGGAUCGUCCGACCAGAGGUCCGAAAAUCAGCCUCCAAACUCAGCGUUGUGGCCAGCAGAAUCCACCAUGGCUCCCUAGGACUCUGAACUCAUCAUCGCUUUAUGAAUAUUGAUUGGACACACACAAGCAAAUAGUUUAUUGACCUCAUCCCUGGUAGAUAGACAGACCUCAUCCUUGGUACCUUGACCUAGUCCCAUGUAAUCUGACCUCAUCCCUGGUAGUCUGACCUCAUCCCUGGUAGUCUGACCUUGUCCCUGGUAGCUGCAGACUGGGGGACCGCAGGAGGCCCACUCCUGUGGAAAGCAGCAUCACAGCCCUGCUUUCAUGAGCCAUUCAUAAUCUGUUACGUUUAUAAUGCCUCAUUAGUUGCAAAAUUGAGUUUAAAAGAAUUGAAGUAUUCAUUAUUUGUUCAUCAAAUAAAAUAUUCAGUGGU